GGGCGGAGCCCUGCGGAGCCGGCGUGCGGCGGAAGUGUGGCGGAGAGCGAGCGUCCGGGCUCAGCCAUGGGGCCUCCGGGGGGCAAGAUCAACAGGCCUCGAACGGAACUGAAGAAGAAGCUGUUCAAGCGCCGGCGGGUGUUGAACCGGGAGCGGCGACUGAAGCGUCGGGUGGUCGGGGCUGUGGUAGACGCGGGACUGAUCACGCGGCACCACCUCAAGAAGCGGGCGUCCAGCGCGCGGGCCAACAUUACUCUGUCGGGGAAGAAACGCAGGAAACUCCUCCAGCAGAUCCGGCUUGCCCAGAAGGAGAAGGCGACUAUGGAAGUGGAUGCCCCCUCAAAGCCAGCCAGGACCAGUGAACCACAGCCCAAACGGCAAAAGAAGACAAAAGCCCCCCAGGAUGUAGAAAUGGAGGACCUUGAAGGUGGCAGCUGAAGGUCUUACCUCCUCCAUCAGAAGUCUCAACCGGAGCCGGAAGGACUCAGAGGACUUUGGAGAAAGCAUUUCCCCCUUUUCAUUCUUCCCAGAUUCCUCUUCCUUAGUGGCCCACUGACCUCCCCUGGAGGGAUGUGUCAGCAGAGAAGAAGGGCCCCUAGCAGUCAAUUCCUUUUGUAAUAAAGCCCUUAAACUCUUGA